CUAUACUCUUUCUUCAAGAUAAAGUAGGGAUGUGCUUGACUGACAAGCGUCAAUCUACGAGCUUUUUUGAAUUCAAUUCAAUUUUUGUUGAUGGUCUCUAUGACAACUUUUAUCAUCACAAAUGCUAGAAAUCUGCUAUUCAUUAGGCAAAGCUAUUCUAAUUGAACGUUUGUUGUUUUUUUAUAAGAAUGGAGUCAGAUAGACCAAGUGUAAGUAGAUUUAGUGAGAGGCCUAUUACUCGCAUGAAAAGAGAGAAAUCACCCAGUGAAAAAUCAGUCUACUCUGAGCGACCUACCAGUGCAGUGUCAAAAUCUUACAGUAAAAUAGAGCGACCAACUUCUCGCAGAGGUGUCAAGACAGAUAUUACUGAGUUUGGCAUCUCUAGACCUCCUACAAGUAGAAAAAAUACAUUCUCCAGGCCACCCUCUGCUGGUAUGACAGCUAACAGGCCAUCAACUCCAUCACGAGUUAAUACCAUGAGCUCUGCAAAUUUGACUCGUGUGAAUUCUGCUAUCCUGAGGAAUCCCAUAAUUAUUGAUAGACCAGUAACUCAACAGGGCUUGGUUGGUAUUAGACCUAGUUCAUCAAGAAGUUCAAAACCAGCAAGACAAAACCAAGAGAGAAAGUAUCUUGAACAUAUGCUGAAUAUUAGAAUUCGAGAGCUUAUCCAAGAUAUAGAGAAUAUAACUAUUGAAAUUGAAAGGCUGAAACGGUUGAAUCAAGAUCAAAGAGUAACAGAUCUUAUUGGUGAACUGUCAAGUCUUCAAAACCAAUUAGCUCAUUGUAAUCUGGUCUUAGAAAAAUUAUUGUCUGGUGUAGACAGAGAUGAAAUAGAAUUGGAAAUAAGAAAAUUAAAUAGCUUAAGUGAUAAUACAAAAUCAGAAAUUGAAAUUGUUUUUGAAAAACGUAAAAAAGCUGACUAUAGGUUGCAUGAUUUGAAUAAGGAAAUUGAAGGAAUACAGAGAAUGGCUGACAAUAUUGAAAUGUUGGAUCCAGAGUCUAGAAGACGAUAUAAUGAAGCUCUGAACAUGAAAAUUGAACUCCAGAAUGAAAUUGAAAAAUUGAAAAUUGAAUAUGAUCAACUUUGUGCUCCAAAUGAUAGGCUAAACAAUAUGACUGUUGGAUCAAUUCAAAAGUCUAAUUUUAUACCUGAGCAAAGUUCAGAUAUGCUGGAAGAUGAUAACAAGAAUCAAUCUGAAAAGAAAACAAAAAAUAACAAAAGUGAUAAGGAGGGAGAUAUCAUGGAUAUUUUUAAAUCAACAUUUGAAAAAAAUAAAGCAGAGGAACUUGAAAAAUUAAGUCAUUUGGAAGAAGAAAUUUUAAAACAUCUUGAAAGAAUAUCCAAUAAUUUAAAUGAUAAUGCAGACAAUGCAGUACUAGAACCUGAAGAAAUGGAUAUGUUGAAUACUUUGAUGGAUCAGAAUUUUGAAAAUAGAAAUGACAAGAAUUUAGAUGAAUUGAGGCAUGAUAGUUUGAAGCUUAAACAAACUUUGAAUAAAUUAGAAAUACUGGAAACUAAAAUUAAAGUUCAAAUGUAUGACUCUAAAGAAAGAGCCAUAUCUAUAGAUGAUAACUUGGAGAAUAAUAGGGAUAUGAAAAACGAACACAAAGAAUUACCAGGAUCAAAAAAGGACUUAAUGGAUUUAAGUAAAGGAAAUGUUGACUCCUUGAACAUUGACCACGAAAAGUAUAAUAAGUUAAAAGAGAAAAUUAAAGAAAAUGAAAUGUAUCGUGUAAUAAGUAUUCUAGAAGAUAAGUUGAGAAGAGUUACAAUGGACAGUGAUAAAUUUCCACCUAUUGAAGAACAAGAAGAAGACUUGGACCAUUCAUUUUUAGUUGCAAAACUCUUUUCAUUGACAAAUCAGUACAACAGUAUUUUAAUCAAUGAGAUGAAAAGAAGCUACUGAAUGUAAAAUAUUGUGAUGUAAAUGUACGAGGGAGGGUCAAUAAAUCUUUACAAAAUCCAAGAGAUGGCGCUCGUCACGCUUAAAUUAUGAUGUUUUUGGCAAGCAAUACUAACUAAAUAUCGUACAAAGUUUCAGCUCGAUUCAUUAAGUUGUUUUUUUGUGAGCGUUAGUUGAACAAAAAGUUAUUGAUUUAUUUGAAAAAUGGAAAAAACAGAGUUUCGAGCGGUGAUAAAACAUUUUCAUUUGAAAGUCUUUACACCAAAAGAAAUGACAGUUAAGUUGAACGCCGUUCAUGGCAAGUCUGCCCCUGUGUUUAAGACUGUUUAUAACUGGGUAAAUGAAUUUAAAUGCGGCCGUACAACAAUAAAAGAUGAACCUCGUUCAGGACGCCCCGUAGAAGUGAGUACGUCCGAAAUGGUACAAAAUCUACGAUAUGGUGUUGAGUGAUAGAAGAUUAAAAUUGCGAGAAUUAGUUGAAGCCACAGGGGUAUCAAAGAGUACAAUCAUUUUAAUUAUGCAUGAAAAAUUGGGGAUGAAAAAAAUAUCAGCAAGAUGGGUGCCGCGUUUGCUCACUGUUGAAAACAAACGAACCCGCGUGGUCACCUCUGAAGCUCUUUUGGCACGCAUUCGUCGUAAUCCGGAAGACUUUUGACGUCGACCCGUAACUGUAGACAAAACAUGGGUACACCACUACACUCCUGAAACCAAAGAACAGUCCAAACAAUAGAUUACCGCAGGAGAACCAGCCCCAAAGAAGGCAAAGACAGUAAAGUCAGAUGGCAAGAUUAUGGCCACGGUUUUCUGGGAUGCGUAUGGAAUUAUCUACAUCAACUACUUGGAAAAGGGCCAGACGAUCACUGGACAAUAUUGUGCGUCAUUAUUACGUCAGCUGAAAGAAAGAAUCAGAGAAAAAAGUUCUCACUUGAACAAAAAAAAAUGCCUCUUUCUUCAAGAUAAUGCUCGAGUUCACACGUGUGCAGUUUCGAUGGCAAAAAUUAACGAUUUAAAGUACGAAUUAAUUGACCAUCCACCAUAUUCGCCUGAUUUGGCUCCCAGUGAUUUUUUCUUAUUCCUUAACCUCAAAAAAUGGCUUGCCGGACAACGAUUCACGUCGAAUGAAGAAGUCAUCGCCGAAACAAAUGCCUAUUUUGGGGGUUUUCAGAAAUCAUAUUUUUCUGAUGGCUUAAAAAAACUGGAAGGCCGUUUAAUAAAAUGUAUCGUCAUUCAAAGAGAUUAUGUUGAAAAAUAAAAAAAAUUACAUACGCAAAACUUUUUUUUCCUUCUUUUUGUAAAGACUUAUAGA